GCAUCAAAAAGUAAACAACCCAAACCCCCAAAAAACAAAACACAAACAGUUACCACCACACAAUCUCUUUUUCGAUUUUAUUUCUGACAUAAAGACAAAACAACAGACAGUUACAACUUACAAGAAUCAUCCAUCUUUGUUUUAUGUUUCAAUUUACCCUUUCUUUCUUUCUUUUUUACUUUCUUUACAAUAAUCUGUUCUUCUUUUCAAGUUACAAAGGGUGGAAUCAUCGAGUAGAUAGAUUCUAGGGUUCUUAUUUGAAUUGGGGUUUCAAGAUUUAUGUUAAAAGUUGAGUGAUUGGAGGUUGGUGAGUCGCUAAUCAUCUGGGUGUUGCGUGGAUUUUACUUCUGGAUGUUGUUUGACUUGCAGCACCAAACCUAUGAUAAAAAAGCGACAUAAAUUCGAAAAUGGCGGCAGAAACAAGCACAGCGUUAAAAGAAGCGCUUUACGCUCAACAACAACUUUUGCAAAAACUUUACAAUGAGUUAGAAGUAGAAAGAGACGCCUCUGCUACAGCAGCGAGCGAAGCAUUAGCUAUGAUAUUACGUCUUCAAGGAGAAAAAGCGGGUGUAAAAAUGGAAUCCGAGCAUUAUAAAAGGCUAGCGGAGGAGAAAAUGUAUCAUGCUGAAGAAUCUAUGGAAAUAUUCGAAGAAUUAAUUCACCAAAAAGAAAUGGAAAUCGCUAAUUUGGAUUAUCAACUUCAAGCCUAUAGAUACAAACUAUCAAGCUUAGGGCUUGAAGAUAUUGAUUUGUUGCAACUAAAUGAAAAGGAAACGAGCCCCGAAAGUCUUUCGAGGAGAAACUCUGCACCGCCAAAACUUCUGAAAUUGGCUUAUUUGAAAAGGAAUAGAUCAGCAAGCCCGGAUUCUGAUAUGGUUCCGAAAACUGUUGAGGAAAUUGAACGGUUGGAUGAAAGUCAUCAAACUUCGGAUUCCGAGAAACAAACGGAGGGGAUUAACUCGUACUGGGAUCAAAUUCGGAAGUUGGAUAAGAUAGUUGAAGAGAUGGGUAAAUCGUGUCAACUUAACGAAUCGGAAAAUGAGAUGAUUUUAGAUACGUGUAAUGUGCGUGUGCAUGAUGUGUUUGAAGUCCCUGAAACCAAUGAAGAUCUUGCGAGUCAUGAAAAGCAGGUGAAAGAUAUCGGGAAAUCAAUCUUGGAAGGUGGAUAUAACGUCGAAAAACCGGCAACCUUUGUAGAAGAUCAUAUGAAGUCAUUUGAAAAAACAUUGUUUUUGCAUAAAAAAGAUAAGGAGGUGUUUUUGCCUAAAGAUAAUAUCGUUGUUGAUUGUCGCAUGGCCGUUGAUGUUGUAGAAGGUGAAGGGUCAUCUCAACGAGUGAAUACAACAACGGAGAUAACAGAGGGUGGCGUAAGAUCUCAAGAACGCGUUACAGGACGGGAAGAAGAGAUGUUGAGAUUGUUACAUGAGAUAAACAAGAAAUUAGAUUGUAUACAGGCUCAAACUAAAAGUGGAAAAAUCGAAAAAACGAAACCGUCUCCAAACUAUGACUUGCCCAUGCUUCAACUCCAAGAGGCAAUGCUGCAUUUUUGGCUCUGAUGUGGAUAACCAACUUACUAAUUAUUGAUGCUACCUUGUAAGUGUUUUUGUUUCUAACUAAGAGGUUUGGUGUGUAUGGUGAGUAAUUGGUGUGAUUUGAUUGAUUGGUAGCUAUGUACAUUUGUAUGUACUUUACAUAUAUAUACCUGUAUAGAAAAAGUCUGGAAUGUAUUUGGACAACUGGACUUGAAGUUGUAACAAGUAAUGAAAGUAACCUAGUGAUGGUGGUGGUGGAUUUUGUGAACCGCUGUGUUGCAACAAA